GGGCCGUAACAGUAAUCAAAACGAACGCUCCUACCCUAACAGAGCGACGCAGCCGCAGACGGGUCCAACGGACUUCUUGGCUACGAAGAGCAUGAUGUUUGUUUCAGGAAGAAGUUGGCGCCCCAGCUACAUACACUGUUAGCUUGUAGGCUAAAUGGGAAAACUGAAAAUUCGUCCAUGUAGAAGUUGUGCACCCGAUUGGAUUUGAAGAAUUCAUACAUGAGCGACAUGGAAUUCAACGUUCCCUUAUCAUCGCUGGCCCUCCUGGUCCCACCGCUGAGGCUGAUGUCAGCGGUGAUGUGGGAAGUGGUUCGCCAGCGAAACAUCAAGCACUAUGGGAAACUGGAGGAGUUCGUAACCAUGGUUACGGAUGCAGUUCCUGAGCUCAUUAGUAAAAGAGAGGGGAGACUCUUAUCAUUGGGCCUGAGGGCUAGGACCACUCUAGAAUUGUUGCGUUCUGAGCACCCUGACGACCUCAAAGCUGUUGAAACUCACCUCAACAGGAUACAAUCAUCUUGCAUGGAAGAGACCAAUGAUCCUGUUAUUGAAGCACCAGAGGCCAACUUUAUGAAGCUAGUACAAGGCCUUAUUGAAAAUACUGAUGGCAGGGAACAUUUCCUCAAGAAUGUGUUUCCAGUGGAGUAUGGCCCUGACUUCGACACAGCACUGGAAACGCUCGUUUGUGAGUUCUUCACCAGACUUGAGGAGCUGUUGCCAAUCCCAGAUUUCAAGCAGACUGCGUCUUGGCUGAGCGCUGCCCCCUCUGUCCUUGAUGAGUACAUACAGUGCGUAUCAACUGGAGAUGAUCUCAAGUUUCUCCUCCAAAGCAAAGAGUGUCAUGGAAAAUUGGCCAAAAAUACAGUUGCUCCUUUUCAAUCAGAUGAUCUUCUUAUCCCAUCUCUGUCUCUGCCCCCCUCUUUGGAAGUGGCCGUCGCGUCCCACCCCAGCGCUUGUGAUGAUGACCACAAUGUUCCUCAGAUCGUCAUGUUUGAAGAACUGUCCACAAACCCUUCCACGUCAACCGAUUUUUCAGAUUCUCCGAAAAGAACAGAUACGUCCUCAUCUUGUCACAGACCGCAACUCGUGACGCACAAAUGUUCGGAAUGUGGCAAAUGCUUCAAGCAUCAUUCUGUCCUGGUGGAGCACCAACGGGUCCACAGUGGCGUGCAGCCUUACAACUGCUCCGAGUGUGGGAGGGCUUUCAGAACAGCCACGCUGCUGGCCGGCCACAGGUUGCGCAAAUGCAAAAAUGCUGCGUAUCUGUGCAUAAAAUGCGGGAACAACUUUCCUUCCUCUCUGGACAAAUUCCGACACCACUGCCCAAAACGCCAACGUAACUACGAUUGCCCGCACUGCCGAAAGACGUUCCAAAAGUCAAGCAGCCUGAAGGAACACCUCCUCACUCACAUUCAGAGCCGCCUAUUCAAGUGCAGCCAUUGCGGCGAAGGUUUUCCCGGCAUCGGCGAUCUGAAAUAUCAUCAGCAGGUAGAUCAUGACAAGCCGUACCAAUGCAAGCAAUGUGGGAAGAGCUUCAUCACCUCAAAAUGUCUGGUCAAACAUCAACAACGCCACGAUGAGGUAAGCGAGAUGGAAGCCGCCAAAGUACUGAGCAGAGGUAAACACAGGAAAUGUGGCGCCACUCGUCGGAUUUCGUCUUUGCCCGUGAGGAAACUGACUGUCAACUCCACCUACCCUCGGGGGCGAGUCACUCACAACUGUCCACUUUGCGGAAGGAGCUUCAAGUAUCGCUUCGAGUUUCUCGAGCACCAGAGGUUCCACACAGCCGUCAAGCCGUACAAGUGCUCCCAAUGCGGCAAACCCUUCCGCACCGAGGCUCACCUGUCCGGCCACAGGAAGAGGAAAUGCAAGAACGCCGCUCACAUUUGCACCAAGUGCGGGUGUCAGUUUAGAUCUGUGCACGAAUGCGUCAGGCACCAGUGUGUGCAGCUGCUGACCAAAUAUGAGUGCUCUCACUGCGGGAAGACCUUCAAGAUGGCCCACCUGCUGAGGAACCAUCAGAUGACCGAACAUCAGCUCCCCUACAGCCCCAACCAUCGCUUCAGGUGCCGUUACUGCGACGAGACCUUCCCCGGGAUCAGCGAGCUCAAGUAUCAUCAGCGGGUCGACCAUGAGAAACCGUACCAGUGCCAGGAGUGCGGCAAAUGCUUCCUGUCUGAAAAGUGCUUGUCCAAUCACGAGCUACGCCACAAUGACGACAGGCCAGAGAGCUGCCUGGUCUGUGGCCGCGGGUUCCGAAACCGCUAUGACUUGAAGCAGCACAUGCGCACUCAUACGGGAGAGCGCCCCUACCAGUGCACUCACUGCUCGCAGUGUUUCUCCACAGCUGGAGGCCUGAGGAGUCACACGCGUGUUCACACUGGCGAAAAGCCUCACGUGUGCCCGGAUUGCGGGAAAGCGUUCUCCCAGAUGGGCGCGAUGCGCACACAUAGGCUGACCCACACUGGCGAGAGGCCGUUCAAGUGCAGCGUGUGUGGCAAAGGCUUCACAAUGGCGCACAAGGUGACCGUGCACAUGCGCGUCCACACCGGAGAGCGGCCGUACGUGUGCUCUCAGUGCGGGAAGGCCUUCUCUGAUGGCAGCGUACUCAAGCAGCACAUGCUCAACCACUCAGGGGUGCGACCUUUCCACUGCCAGAUCUGUCCCAAGACGUACACCUGCCUCAACCACCUUAGGAGGCACCUCAAAAGUCACUCUAGUAUGAACUGACAUACGUUGACCAGUAGCUCCGCAAGGCGAAGGUGAAAAGUUCUUUUGGUCAAGUCGUUGAUAUUUGCACACGUUCUUCCAGAAGUCUGGAGUUCCCCCGCCCACCCUUUCCAAGCAUGGAUCCAUUUUCUUUGAGAUACUAAACCCCAAAGUCUAUAUUUUGAAGGACAUUUGUAGAGGUUUUAGGAUUUGGCUCUGUAGCUCUUGUGAACUGCAACACUGUAAAUUUUGCAAUAGUCUCUUUUUGUGCCCAAAUUUUAUUUUAUUUUUUUUUAGUUUGAGAACUUCAAAUUAAAUGCGGUUGGUAACAUUGUGGUGUCAAUUUACUGUCCUUCAGGAAAACAAAAUAACUCUUUACACUAGAGGGCAGUAGCUACAUCUUGACACUUGUGUUGCUGGUUUACACAUCUGGACUCAAGAGGAACACUGUUUAUCCUUGAAUGACUUGCUUGUUUUUAAAUCUUCACUGAUAGACCUAUGAAGAGACAUGUGACUGAUAGGUUGCUGAUACACAAAUCCAUCCGGCCUAUUUCCCGUCAUUUACUUGGCGUGCAUUGGAAUCUUGAUUGGACCGCAAUUUCCUGUAGCUACGCCUGGCGCACUGUGAGAUCUGCACGCACAGUAAACUGUCAGGAAGACCAGUCACUUUUUGUCAUUUGUACAUUGACUCGCAUGACAACGAAGCCUUCACUGGAAUUGUAACCGAGUCGUUGUGAUUAAUCUCUUCCGUCUGUUUUUUGCGGGAGAGAAAAAAAUGUUCAAAGGGUUUUUUUUUCCCCUCACUUGUUUGAUGCUUAUGUUCCACACCGCGGUAGUUUCUUUGGAAUCAUUAUUUCAUCAUUUUCUAACUUAAUUCCAGUUUAUAAUAAAAGUGGUUCAGUGUGCAGUCCUUUA